AUGGCUUACCCUAUCUUCCUGGCUCUCGGCGGCGCUCUGGCCCUCUUCCUUCUCGUCGUCGUCUCAGACUACAUCGAUGGCUGGCGCCGGAGACGAGCACUCGGCCACAUCCCCAUCGUGGACGAAGGGAGCAAUCUCAGUCCGGCCCUGCGCUGGAGGAGCUGCCCGUUCGAUGCAGAGGCCGCAUUCAGCCAUGCCUAUAACGUCCACAGCAAGCAGGGCAGGCCGUUUGCCGCCCGGGUCCAGGACGGCCGCUACGCCAUUGCCCUGCCGCCGAGUGCGCUCAAGGAAGCCAGGGCAAUUGGCCACGAGCAGCUGAGCUUUUUGGAUGCCUUGUCCCUGUUUGCGGAUCUAUACCUCUACAUGGACGUUACGAGCCGCGUGCAGAUCGAGACGGUCCAUGCGGUCAACAGGGAAGCCAGCCUGACCCAGUUUUACCAAUUGCUCGCCGUCGAGUCAACCAAGCACUUGGCCCCUGUGUUCGACCCGCCCAAGGGCCACGACUCCACCGAGCUUGCUGUGCUUGAGUCCGUCACUGCUGCAAGCUCGGCCAUCGCCACCUCCCUGCUCCUUGGACCCGGCUGCCCCGCGGAUCUGCUCGUGGAGGUCACAGCCGGGGCAAUCAUCUACAAUGUCAGCAUGUUGCAGCUCCGGCUCUUGCGAGCACAGUCCCCACGCCCGGUGAAGCCGCUGGUCUGGUACUUCUCGCGGACAGCGCGACGGCUCCGACUUGUCCUGGCAGGCCUGAAAGCGCGUCUGAUCCCCGAGAUCAAGCAGCGGCUCGCCAUUGCCAUGUCCGCAGACAACAACCUAGACAGCAGCUCCUUCUCCCUCCUCAACGCGCUCAUCCUCACCACCCUCGCCAAACAGGCGCACCCAACCACCCCGGCAGAACACCACCGAGUUGCCGACCUCCUCUGCCAGCAAUCCCUCCUGUACCACUUCGAGCUGGCCCGUCCCACAGGCACCAUCGUGACCCACAUGCUGUACCAGGCCAUGCGCAGCCCGGAGCAAGCGGACAUGCUGCAUGCCGAGGUCAAGGCGGCGCUGAAGCACUGUGAAGACGCAGGAGAUACCAUCCACCGCCACCUGCUGCAGCACACGCCCAAGCUGGAGAGCUUCACCCGCGAGAUCUUCCGCAUGUACGACGUCUCGGUGUUCGCCGGCUUCCGCCUCACACUAACGCCACAAGGCAUAACACUAACCUCGCUCUCCCCACCACUCCACCUGCCACAGGGUACAAUGAUCAUGACGCCCAGCCGGGCAGCGCACUACGACGCAGCGCACUACGCAAACCCAGACACAUUCGACCCCCUGCGCUUCUACGACACCGCUACCAACACGUGCGCCCCGCGCAUCACGACAACCUCGCCUGCGUUCCUGGCGUUCAGCCACGGGAAGGGCUCGUGCCCCGGGCGGUUCAUGGCGACGGCGAUCACGCGGAUGCUGUUUGCGCGGCUGCUCAUGGCGUAUAGGUUUGAGUUUGUGGGUGGGAAUACGGGGGAGACGCUGGUUAUGGAUGGGGCUGCGGCGUUUCCGGAUCCGAGGGUUAGGAUGAGGGUUUGGGUGAGGGAGGGGAAGGGAGAGGCUUGA